AUGUGACUUUUUCCGUUUCGCCAUUUUCCCCUUCUGCACCGGUCCUCUUAGCACUCUGUAGCCUAUAGCAACACUCCGUUUUAAAACCUGUCCGAGGCUGACGGUGGGAUAGAGGUAAACGGUAAGAGAAUCUUCUCCCGUCGCUUCUUGGGCCCGUAAAUACUGCGAGAAUGUCAUCCGAGGAGAGCCCCGAGUACUCGCCUUUCUUCGCUGUGAUGGGAGCCUCUGCGGCCAUGGUCUUCAGUGCUCUAGGCGCGGCAUAUGGAACAGCAAAGAGCGGCACUGGCAUCGCUGCCAUGUCGGUGAUGAGGCCAGAGCUCAUCAUGAAGUCCAUCAUUCCUGUGGUCAUGGCGGGUAUCAUCGCCAUCUACGGGCUGGUGGUGGCGGUGCUGAUAGCAAACAACAUCUCGGAGAGGGUCACUCUCUACAAAAGCUUCCUUCAUCUAGGCGCCGGUCUGAGCGUAGGCCUGAGCGGUCUGGCGGCCGGCUUCGCCAUCGGGAUUGUAGGCGACGCCGGCGUGAGAGGUACGGCCCAGCAGCCACGCCUCUUCGUGGGCAUGAUCUUGAUCCUGAUCUUCGCCGAGGUGCUGGGGCUUUACGGCCUGAUCGUGGCUCUUAUCCUAUCUACAAAAUAAGCGUCCGCACCAGCGUCAUUUCAUUCAUUCCACAUCGAAGCAGCGAGAACAAAUAGAUUUUCACCAACUUCCAUAACACCAAGAAGGCCUGACAAGAUGGGAUGGCAAGUGAAGGCGUGUUGCCGUUGGACCUGGCAGUUGUGUCAUCAAUAAUUGUGAUCUGUCCAAAUUGUAUUUUCCGAGCCAUCCAGUUGUCAGGUGCGGUGUACAGAGUGGGCAUGAAGAUGAAGUGUUGGUUGUUGUGGGAUGAUGUGUGGACAGUCUGCCUGAUGUGUUGUCUGAUCUUAUCCUGUACAGUGGUCACCCCUUGUAAAUGUAGUAAUCGGUCUGUGCUGUGCUGAGUAUCAACGUUCACCACCACCCCCCAACCCCCACCCUACUUUAAUUUCUGCUUAUGUCACUCUUAUCCGACACUACAGCGGAAUUGUGCACAUCAGUAUUUUUUGUUUGUUUUAAUGUUCUUUUUGGGGACCAUUUUUGAAUCACAGCAGUGAAGAGCUGUCAACUAUUUUUUUUAUUUGCUAUUUAUGGAACGCUAUGAAGAUUUAAUGAAACUGUCUAAAUGGAGUACUGUUUAUUAAAUACCCUAUAUACAUUAAAAGAUAUAAAUUAUCUGUGUAUAGUUAGAGUAACUGCACUGUCGGUAAUUGUUCUAAGUGCUUGAAAUUCCUCUGGAUGUAGUGUGAUUUAUUCAUGGAGGAUGUCCACAUGUUAAUAUGAAAUUGAAAGUGUGUGUGAUCUGACUGCAUCAUGUGUGCAAGUGAAUUUAUGUUUACUAUGGCAUCUUCAAACUCUAUUAUUGUCAUCCUGUAGUGCUGCUGUCUUGGUUUUGUUUGUUUCAAGGUCACUGUUCAACUGUGCUAUAGUCAGAUUUCCAAAUAAAACUCAUCCUCCUCCAGAA